UUAGCUAUCUUGCAAUGUUUACUUCUUUGGUGCCCGGCGUGUCAUCUUCUGCACAAGCUGCCAUUUAACACUGUCGGCUCGAUGUCGUCUGCAGUAUUGAUGAUGCCGCAUUAAUACUUCAUCGGCGCGCCACUGAUGUGCAUUUGCGACGUAGCUGCCGAAAGAAACGAACGUUUGCGAUUACUAGCUCGUGGCGGGAUCGUGCCGCCGAGUCCGAGAUGGCCAUGUUCCGCAACUUCGUGUCGGCCGCCCAGCUCAGACAGCACCACCACCACCACCAUCACCACCAUCACCAGCAGCAGCAGCAGCAGCAGCAGCAACAGCAGCAGGAGCUUCAGCAGCCGCAGGCCUCGUGCGACAGCAUCGAGAGCCAGUUCUCGUGCCCCAUCUGCCUCGAGGUGUACCACAAGCCCGUGAGCAUCGCGAGCUGUGCGCACACGUUCUGCGGCGAGUGCUUGCAGCCGUGUCUCCAGGUGGCGUCGCCGCUGUGCCCCCUGUGCCGCAUGCCCUUCGACCCAAAAAAAGUGGAGCGCUCCUCCAGCGUGGAGAAGCAGCUGUCGUCCUACAAGGCGCCCUGCCGGGGCUGCGGCAAGAAGGUCACUUUGGUGAAAAUGCGCUCCCACAUCUCAUCCUGCACGAAGGUCCAGGAGCAGAUGGCCAACUGCCCCAAGUUUGUGCCGGUUGUACCCACCUCACAGCCGAUUCCCAGCAAUAUCCCGAACCGCUCCACCUUCGUGUGCCCGUACUGCGGGGCCCGCAACCUGGACCAGCAGGAGCUGGUGAAGCACUGCAUGGAGAACCAUCGCAACGACCCCAACAAAGUGGUGUGCCCCGUGUGCUCAGCUAUGCCCUGGGGAGACCCCAGCUACAAGAGUGCCAACUUCCUGCAGCACCUCCUGCACCGGCACAAGUUCUCUUACGACACGUUUGUGGACUACAGCAUUGAUGAGGAAGCGGCCCUGCAGGCGGCACUGGCGCUGUCGCUGUCGGAGAACUGAGUCCACACCCCGUCCACCCACCGUCUCUCCCCUCAGAUCCACCUGUCCUCAAACGCUAAACUGCUCACCACAGCUGCUGAGCCACUUCCCCUUCUGACCCGUAGGGGGCGCGGCCGCCGGCGUCAAACGCUGCAAUACAGAAACGCAUAGAGACGCGGGACCGGGGUCCGAAGAACAACGCCCCUUUUUUUUAGCAUGAGAUCUCGAGGUGAAAAUUCGAUGCAUUAUGCGUUUCACGUCGACGCAGUUUGUGUAACAUUUUUUUGUAACGGACCAAAUUGCUGUGUCCUGACUCAACACGAGGGAGCAGUGUAACGUGCGUGUGUGUGUGUGCGCGUAUGAAUGUGGUGCACAUCAGGCAGGGUGUUGCUGGGCCAGUCAGUUCAAAUCAAGCACAGAGGGUGAAGCGACACACACCGCACACAUCGUAAUGCAACAAAGAUCACGACACGAAGCCUCCGAGCUCCCUGUUUUCUACUAGGGUUCCUGACUACUUCCGCCGAUCACAUUUUUUCUACAUGAUUAAAGUGUCGUAUGGUUCUUAUUUUAAAAGUUAAGGGGAAAAAAAAUUGUAAUAACAUUUAUUCUUCAUACUGCUGUUACCUGAUUAACUUGCUACAAUAGUAUUUUUUUAUGAAGCAGAUACGAUAAAGAUAUAUUUUUGAAGAACCUUCAGUUCUAAAUGCUGCACUUAUAGCAUGAGAGUGAUGUGCACAUCUGACACCUGUAGAGAUGUGUUCCUUGUUUUUCAUUGUUUUCUCACAUAUCUGUCGGUGCAGGACUUCUCGGUUGUAUAGGUGUCCCGGAGCUUACGGUGGCCUCGUGUGUGGAGUUUAAGGACAGCAGCAGCGGCAAAUGGCGACUUAAUCUGGAAACGAGUACAUUAGCGGGGUAAUUCAGUUAAGGGGAGCGGCAGGAUUUUCACUGGUAGGGUCUAAUUAAUAAUUUAAAGCUUGCUGCAUGUUUUCUGCCCAUCUGUGUAGUAGUGUAUGACAGUCGUGUGUGUGUGAUGUUCUCCAUUUGACAACGAAGACAGGCAUCCCUCUCUAUAUACAGUAUAAGAUUGGUGUAUUUGGAGGGCCAGUACAUAUCGUUUAGGGAUAAUAAAGACAAAGCAAUUUCCUGAAGUCAUGUUUUUAAGCCAGUGGCUUUGGUGUGUUUUGGUUAAAUGGCCACAGCUGUGUGGGAGAGGGCAUGCUUCUUGCCAGCGGAUUCUGGGUACAGCACAUCUGCAUUGAGCAGGACCUCGAUGACAAUGUGGGUGGCUGUCCCAUAAACCCCGUUUUACAAGGUCCUCAGAUUGCUGCGUGUGGUUGUACUUACAUGACCGAGUGAAUAUCGAAUGCUGAGCCAUAGAGUUAAGAUGGGAGGGCAUAUGUGUUGCUUAUGAUACGUGCAUAAUGAGCAUUUUGCACCCUUUUCAAAUUCCCCCAGAAAAUUUGGGACAUACAACCAAAUAGCAGAGCAGCCUGGAAGUCCUACUUUUCUAUACCAUUGUGCUUCAACUUUUUGAUCUCAGUGAUGAGCAACACAUGCAAUGGCUUCAGUUAGCAAUAGAUCAAACAUAUUACGCUGUUCUCAAUUAAUAAAUCCAGUGAAUAUUUGGAUCUGCUAAAGGCAUCAGAAAAUGUGAAAAUGUUGACAAAGCUAAAGAUAUGUGUGCAUACUCUGGUGGAAUUUUUUCCUGAUCAAAUUUCAGAUACCUAUGACCACUGUAAGACAAUGGCAGAUGAUAUUUAAUAGGUAGUUCUGUGUGUGAUUUCAAAAUACCAUCUGCCAGACAAAAUUUUCCUCCUGUUUUGGGUGAGAAGGUACAGAUGAGCUGUAUACGUCAUUACACUGGCGUUUUUACCCAUCCGAUAGCUCUGAUAGUUUUACCUGUCGGGUUGCACCUGCUCUGCAGACAUGUUUACUUGCAAGGGCUGCUGGGAAAUGUAGUCUGUUUCAGUCAGAAUUUCACAGGAUGUGCGUGAGCUUUGGGGCAUGCAGCGGAGCUGCGGACUCAGAACUGCCCCCGGGGGGUGUUUUUCAUUGCGAUCGCUUGGUGAAGGAGAAAAAAGGGGAAAGCGGAGUUAGGGAGAGCGCUGGAAACAUAAAGGCAUGAUGUACAAACACGGGACAAUACUGUGGAAAGCCUAAGGUUUCACCCAGGCCUGAUGAGCCUUUUUCUUUUGCCUGGGCUGCAUGAUGAUGAUGAUGAUUAAUGAUGGGUCACUUUCCUUGACCAACAGACCUGAAUAUAUACAGUAUAUAGCACUUUAGUUGAAUAAUUUCAAAGUGUUUUUUUCAUUGAAGAAAAUAUGGAAUAUUUUCUAGAUUUUUUUACUCCGUUUAAAACCGAUAAGUGUAUGUAUGUCAAGUGAUUGUUGAUGCUGUAUGUUACUGUGCAAGAAUGAGGGUAAAACCCUUUUCUUCAAUGUAACCGAGGAAUGUUUCGACUUCACGGAGGGAGCGGUAUUCCGAAGCGUAUGUGUAUAUUUGUAUUUGCUGUGGUUGAAUGUGUUUGAAGUUACCAGACAUUUAAUGCUAACAUGAUUGCAGGAGUGGAAGUGCUAAAUACACUGGCAUUUCGAGAGCUGUACAAAUCCAAAGUGUUGUAUGACUCAAGAAAGCAAAGACCUGUAGAGAGCUCCUGCUUUUUCCACUUGGUGGGAAGUUUUUGUCUCUGGUAUUGGCACUGUUAUUCACUGUUUAAUGCAAUAACUAUUGAGAGUUUAAUACCUAAACUGGAAAAUCUGUCAAUACAAAAGCACCAUUAAACGUGUUCUUCAAUUUCCUAAUUAACUUUUUUUCUAAGAGCUUCGUAACAAUCCUGUUUUGUACAUAAUUGAGCUUUGAGUGGUUAUCAUGGACGUGGCUAUUUCAUAAAUAUGUGGUUUUAAUUUUUUAAAUUGUAUUCCUUUUUUCCUCAAUCUUGCUGCAUAAAUCCAAAAUUCAUCUUUGGUUUUUGUCAUUACAGCCAAGCAUCAAUUGUGAUACUGCUCCGUACCACCACGGUGCACGGCAUACAUUGUACCUGGACAUCCAACACAGGCCAAAGUCAUUUCUGCAACUAAUACUAUUCCAGGCUGAAUUCACAUGGAGCAAAAUAUAUAUUUGCAUGUGAUUCAACCUGAUUGUGAAUAAAUGCAAAGGAUUCAGUUGCUCGAGGGCUACGCAAGAGACAUGUCUUUAAAAGGGACUAAUGCGUAAUGAAGUGAUUUGAGUGCAGUAUUAUUACUCUGUUUGGAAAACGCUUGAUGGACCAGUGAGCAGAGGCCAAGUUGGCCAGAUUGCAGAAUAUAGAAUCAAAACGGGGGGGGUGGGCAGACAAAAAGCUCACUGAUGAUGUGAACUCCUCCCUGGACUGUGUCGCCUGACGUGCUCUCGGUGCAAAGAGCAAAGUGUCGGAGGUGGAGCACCGUUCCACAGCACUGCGCAAACAGGCUCGCCCCCAUGUGGCACUGGGGUUGCUGGGCAGUGUGCUCCGCUCCGCCUUGGCCUCCCUGCCCUCCAUCAGGGCACCUUACAGAGACUUAUGCAUUUGUAAUAAUAAUAAUAAUAAUAAUAAUAAUAAUAAUAAUGGCAAUGUGGGUUUUAAAUUUAGUACACUGUUUCAGGUUUAAUAAUACCUUUAUUCUGUAUCUGUAGCAGUUUUUUUUUUCCCUCAAUAAACACUGACCCAUAAACACCUUGCUUGUCAGUCUGUUGCUAGUACAGAAUUUACAGUAUUGGUGGAC